AUGUGUCCAGUUGUAUUGUUGGUGUUGUUUCUUUCUGGAAGUUGCUGGUGUGUAGAUCAUAUCUACCAUGUGAAAGAGAACAAUGAUAGACACAGCUAUAUUGGAGAUAUUGCCACUGAUACACUACUGCUGAAUACUGUACCAUCUCAGGAUGAUAGCAGCAGACUAAUAUUUAAUGUAAUCCAGGAUAGUACUGAUGGAACUGUUCAGUUAUUUAAUGUUACACCUGGAGGACACUUGUAUACAGCUACCAUAUUGGAUGCAGAAACUCUGUGCCAAUAUAAUGUGGAAUGUUUCAGGAUUUUAGAAGUAGCAGUUCAACAUGGCCAUUCUGUUAUCAAGAUAUUAGAAGUCAAAAUUAUAAUAGACGAUAUCAAUGAUAAUUAUCCUAUGUUUCCAGACAAGGUAUUUCAAAUAGAGUUACAGGAAAGUCUAUUAGGUUCAAAAAGGAUUAUUCCAAAUGCCAUUGAUAAUGACGUUAGUAUUCAAAAUUCUAAACUGAUUUAUCGACUCUAUGAUAGUGAAGAUAUCCCAUUUCGAUUGUUUAUAUCUAAUAAUUCUGAUGGGAAUGAUUUAUUACAACUAAUUUUAAAAGGUACAUUAGAUCGUGAGAAAAAAGACAUUUAUAAUAUACAGUUGAUUGCAAGAGAUGGAGGAUCACCACAAAGAAGGUGUACAAAAUAUAUAGAAAUAUUGGUGCAAGAUGAAAAUGAUAACUCUCCACUGUUUUCACAGAAUAUCUAUAACAUCACUAUCAAUGAUACACACCAGAUAAACAUACCUGUUCUAAGACUGUCUGCAACAGAUUCAGAUGUAGGAGAGAAUCAAAGAAUUUCUUAUUCUUUUAGUACUAAAACACCUAAUAAGAUAAAAGAAUGCUUUCGGUUGAAUAAAGUAACUGGAGAACUAUUUGUAACAACAGAAUUUCAGUUUGGAAGAUUCUAUAAAGUGUUUGUUAAAGCCACAGAUAAUGGUAAACCACCUAUGUCCUCAACUGUCACUGUUCUUAUAAAUGGAAUCACUCAUCUUAACAAUCCACCAAAUAUUGACUUCAGAUUUGUCAUUAAGUCAACUGGGAAAACAGCUGUCAUCUCAGAAGCAACUCAUAUUCAGAGCUUUGUCGCGUAUGUCAAAGUAACUGACAAUGACAGUGGAGUAAAUGGACAAGUGAAGUGUCAUUUACAAAAUAAGUACCUGCAGCUUAUCUCAAUGUCUGAAAAAAAAUACAAAGUUAUUGUCAAGAGUGAAAUAGAUAGAGAGAGUGAGAAGAGCUUUAAUUUCACCAUUAAAUGUCAAGAUAAUGGUUUACCCCCAUUGACAGUAGAGAAACAGUUUUCUAUACUGGUUACUGACAUAAAUGACAUACAACCUCAGUUUAGUCAGGACAUAUUUAAGUUUCUCACCUAUGAAAAUGAACACAAAGACUUCCCUGUGGGAUAUGUCAAUGCUACAGACCCAGAUAUUGGAGAUGGAGGACAAUUAAUCUAUUCUUUGUUGACUAAUGAUAAAGAUAUUCUACCAUUUCAGAUAUCUGAUGUGGGAUUUAUUUCCACAACUGAGUCACUAGACAGAGAAGAAAAGAACAUGUAUGAGUUUAAGGUUUUAGUAAAAGAUAAAGGAACACCAUCACUGGAGAACACAGCAAAUGUUGUUGUUGAGGUUAUGGAUUUAAAUGAUAAUGCUCCCUAUUUCAGUUUCCCUAAUGUUGACCCUUUCAGUCUUAAUGUCCACUACCAUCCCCACUCUGACCAUGAUAUCACAAUUGUUAGGGCCUCUGACAGAGACAGUCAACACAAUGCCUUCCUCACAUAUGAAAUACUCAGAGGUAAUGAGAAACACUUAUUUCAAAUGAACCAUCUUCAGUACACAAUGGAGAGAAAUGUGGAGAAAUCUCAUCAACCAAUGGUAGACAGAGAUGAUAUUCACUGCAGAACUAUAUCAUAUGAUAGAUGGGGUAACCCAGCUUUCACUGAACUACAUCAACAGAUAUUUGUUCCAAGAGAAGAAAGCAUGUCUCCAGGUUACAGAGAACUAAACAGUACUGACCAAUUCAGUGAGAUGUCAACAUUGUCAUCUCGCACAGAUAGAGGUCAUGGAUGGAGUGUCGGCAGUGCUGGACACUAUGAGGAACUGCCAGUUUACUUUUAUUCAUCAUGCAUGAAUAUUAAAAAAAAAAACAGCCAACACAUCGAUAUACUUUCAGAUCUAUGUCGUUAUCAAAGUGAUCGUACAUGGAAUAGAAGAAAUCACCCUCAACACACGCUCGACAGAUCAAGGGGAGAUAACAACAAUGGAUAUCACUAUCAACCAAAUGUUGACAAGAACUCUUCUUGUCAUCUCGACCACAUACCAUUGACUAUAGCUGGGACCACAUCUAAUACAACUGAACAAUCAUCUAUGGUGCCAAUGAAAAGUGCCUUUAUUUCAAACUGUAAACCACCUCUACCAGCUGUACCUAAGGUAACAACAUUACCAAAGAUGACUAAGCCAAUUAUUUGCCAGUCUUCUUUAUCAGCUUACAUAAUUUUACUUCCUCUUAAUACAGACAAUAUCAAAAAUAAUUUUAUCUUAUAUAAAAGUAGAGCUUGUAUAUUACUACAAAUAUCUGAAUGGAAGUAUGAAAAAUUGUUAGAUUCAAUAUCUGAGAAAUUGGAUCAUGAAGUAGUUUUGAAAAUUGGUAAUGUUUCAAUAAUUUAUUUAAUUGAGCUACCAAAGGAUGAAGAUGUUCCAUUCCAAUUGUUUGUAUCUAAGAAAUUGGAUGGAAGUGAUUUGUUACAACUGCUUAUAGAUGGUAACUUGGACCGUGAAACACAAAACAUUUACAACAUUCAGUUAAUUGCCAUAGAUGGGGGUACUCCAACAAAGAAAGGUGUACUAAAUUUAGAAAUAUCAGUGCAAGAUGAAAAUGAUAACUCCCCCGUGUUCUCUCACCAUAUUUACAAUGUCACUGCAAAUGACACACACCAGAUAAACAAACCUAUUUUAAGACUGUCUGCUACAGACUUGGAUGAAAGAGAAAAUGGAAGAAUUUCCUAUAGCUUAAGUACUAAGACACCAAGUAAAAUAAAAGAAUGCUUUCAACUGAAUAGGCAAACUGGAGAACUAUUUCUAACAACAGAAUUUCAGUUUGGAAAAUCCUAUAAAAUAUUUGUAAAAGCCACAGAUAAUGGUAAGCCACCUAUGUCCUCAACUGUCACUGUUCUAAUAAAUGGAAUCAGUUACUUAAACAAUCCACCAAAUAUUGACUUCAAGUUUGUCUUAGAUUCAACUGGAAACACAGCUGUCAUCUCAGAAGCAACUAAAAUUCACAGCUUUGUUGCGUAUGUCAAAGUUAUUGACAAUGACAGUGGAGUAAAUGGACAAGUGAAAUGUCAUUUACAAAAUAGAUACCUUCAGCUAAUCUCAAUUUCUGAAAAGAAAUACAAAGUUAUUGUCAAGAGUGAAAUAGACAGAGAGAGUGAGAAGAGAUUUAAUUUCACCAUUAAAUGUCAAGAUAAUGGUUUACCUCCAUUGAAAGUACAGAAACAGUUUUCAAUGUUGGUUACUGACAUAAAUGACAUACAACCUCAGUUUAGUCAGGACAUAUUUAAGUUUCUCACCUAUGAAAAUGAACACAAAGACUUCCCUGUUGGACAAUACACAAUGGAGAGAAAUCUGAAGAAAUCCCAACAACCAAUCAUAGACAGAGAAGAUAUUCACUACAGAACUACAUCAUAUGAUAGAUGGCAUGAUCCAGUUUUAAGGCCACAUCAACAGUAUAAUGUGGAAUGUUUCAGGAUAUUAGAAAUGGCACUUCAAUAUGGCCAUUCUGUUAUUAAGAUAUUAGAAAUCAAAGUUAUGAUAGAAGAUGUCAAUGAUAAUUAUCCUAUUUUCCCAAACAAAGAAUUUCAUUUAAAAUAUGAUGAAAGUGUGACAAAAGGAAGAAAAGAAACACUUCCAAAUGCCAUUGAUAAUGAUAUUAGCAUUCAGAAUUCUAAACUCACUUACCGACUCAAAGAGAAAGUAGAUAUACCAUUUCAGCUGUUUGUUUCUAAAAACCCAGAUGGAACAGAUCUAUUACAACUAAUUUUGGAGGGUAACUUAGACCGUGAGACAAAAGACAUUUACAAUAUUCAGUUAAUUGCCACAGAUGAAGGAUCUCCAUCAAAGAAAGGUGUAUUGGAUAUAAAAAUAUUUGUAGACGAUAAAAACGAUAACUACCCUGUAUUCUCCCAGAAUAUUUACAAUGUCACUAUAAAUGAUACACAUGACGUAAACAAACCUGUUGUAAGGUUGUCUGCUACAGAUUUAGAUGUAGGAGAAAAUGGAAGAAUUUCUUAUGUCUUCAAUAAUGCUAAAACACCCAAAAUGAUAAAAGAAUGCUUUCAUUUAGAUGAAGCAACGGGUGAGUUGUUUUUGAAGACAGACUUUGAUUUUGGUAAAAUUUAUGAGCUAUUUAUUGAAGCCAGAGAUAAUGGUAGACCGUCAAUGUCAUCAACAGUUACAGCUUUUAUAAAUGGAAUCAGUCACAUUAACAAUCCACCAAACAUUGAUGUCAGAUUUGUCUUAAAGUCAACUGGAAACACAGCUGUCAUCUCAGAAGCAGCUCAAAUUCACAGCUUCGUUGCUUAUGUCAAAGUUAUUGACAAUGACAGUGGAGAAAAUGGACAAGUGAAGUGUCAUUUACAAAAUAAAUACCUGCAGCUAAUCUCAGAGUCUGUAAAGAAAUACAAAGUUAUUGUCAAGAGUGAAAUAGAUAGAGAGAGUGAGAAGAGAUUUAAUUUCACCAUUAAAUGUCAAGAUAAUGGUUUACCGCCAUUGACAGUGGAGAAACAGUUUUCUAUGAUGGUCACUGACAUAAAUGAUGUACAACCUCAGUUUAGCCAGGACACAUUUAAGUUUCUCACCUAUGAAAAUGAACACAAAGACUUCCCUGUUGGAUAUGUCAAUGCUACAGACCCAGAUGCUGGAGAUGGAGGACAAUUGAUCUAUUCUCUGUUGACAAAUGGAAAAGAUAAUUUACCAUUUCAGAUAUCUGAUAUGGGAUUUAUUUCUACAACUGAGUCACUAGACAGAGAAGAAGAGAACAGGUAUGAGUUUAAGGUUUUAGUAAAAGAUAAAGGAACACCAUCACUGGAGAACACAGCAAAUGUUGUUGUUGAGAUUAUAGAUUUAAAUGAUAAUGCUCCCUAUUUCAGUUUCCCUAAUGUUAACCCUUUCAGUCUUAAUGUCCACUACCAUCCCCACUCAGACCAUGAUAUCAGUGUGAAAGACAGUGGUAGUCCAGUUCUGUCAUCAACAACAACUUUGUCUUUGACUCUAACAGUUAGUAACAACACAUCAAAGAUAUUUAAGACCCCUUCAAAGACAACAACAGAAUCAAGUAAUGGUCUCCAAUUGAAUGUGAUGAUUGUUAUUGUUAUAGCAGCUGUGAUAGUAUCAGUUGUUAUAGUGAUCUCUAUAUCAAUCUGUAUAGUUCAUAGAAUGAAGCAGACAGAUAGCAAUUAUGAUAGUAGUGUUGAUAUGUACCACAAGGUUACACCUACAUUAAACAUCCAAUCAAAAUAUAUAUUUGAUCCUACUUGUGUUCCUCCUGGAGUUCAGUACACACUGGAGAGAAAUCUGAAGAAAUCUCAGCAACCAAUUGUUGACAAGGAAGAUAUUCACUACAGAACCAUGCCAAGUGAUAGAUGGGAUAAUCGGACAUUAAGACAACAUGAACAGAUGUUUGUUCCAAGAGAAGAAAGUAUGGCUCCAGGUUACAGAGAACUAAACAGUUCUGACCAAUUCAAUGAGAUGGCAACAUUGUCAUCUCUCACUGAUAGUGGUCAUGGUUGGAGUGUCAGUAGUGCUGGACAUUAUGAGGAACUGCCAGAUCUAUGUCGUUAUCAAAGUGAUCACACAUGGAAUAGGAGAAAUCAACUUCCACACACACUCAAACGAUCAAGGGGAGAUAACAAUUAUUGCUAUCACUACCAACCAAAUGUUAACAAUUCUAGUCAUCUUGACCAAAUCCCUUUGAAUAUAACUGGGACCACAUCCAAUAUAAGUGAACAACCAUCUUCAGUACCAAUGACAAGUGCCUUCACUUCUAACUGUAAACCACCUCUACCAGCAGUACCUAAAGUAACAACGUUACCUGAGUCAGAAUAUAAGUUAAUAAUGAUAGGAUAUAAGCAUGAUUAUUACAAGAUAUUAAACAUGAUUUCAGUGAUAUUGUUGGUGUUGUUAAUGGCUGACAGCUGCUGGUGUGUGGAUCAUAUCUACCAUAUGAAAGAGAAUAAUGAUAUACACAGCUACAUUGGAGAUAUUGUCACUGAUACACAGUUACUGCAUAAUAUACAGUCUCAGGAUGAUAGCAACAAACUGACAUUUAAUAUACUCCAGGGUGGUACCGAUGGAAGUGUUCAGUUAUUUAAUGUUACACCUGGAGGGAAACUGUACACAGCUGCAAUACUGGAUGCAGAAUCUCUGUGUCUAUAUAAUGUGGAAUGUUUCAGGUUAUUGGAAAUAGCAGUUCUACAUGACCAUUCUUUUAUCAAGAUAUUAGAAAUCAAAGUUAUGAUAGAAGAUGUCAAUGAUAAUUAUCCCAUUUUUCCCAAACAAGAAUUUCAUAUACAGUUUGAUGAAAGUCACUCAAAAGAUUCAAAAGGAAGAAUUCCAAAAGCCAUAGACAAUGAUGUCAGUACUCAGAAUUCUAAACUUACAUACCAGCUUAAAAAAGGUGAAGAUAUUCCUUUCAAACUGUUUGUUUCUAAAAAAUUAGAUGGAACAGAUUUAUUACAACUAAUUUUAGAAGGCAACUUAGAUCGUGAGACAAAAGACAUUUACAAUAUUCAGUUAAUUGCAAGAGAUGGUGGAUCCCCACAAAAGGAAGGUGUACUGGAUAUAAUAAUAUCAGUACAAGAUGAAAAUGAUAACUCUCCACUGUUCUCCCAGAAUAUCUAUAACAUCACUAUCAAUGAUACAGACCAGAUGAACAAACCUAUCAUAAGACUUUCUGCCACAGAUUUAGAUAUGGGGGAAAAUGGAAAAAUUUCUUAUACUCUCAGUGCUAAAACACCUAAUAAGAUUAAAAAAUGCUUUCGAUUGAAUAGAGUAACUGGAGACUUAUUUGUAACAACAAAAUUUCAGUUUAGAAAAUCCUAUAAAAUACUUGUCAAAGCCACAGAUAAUGGUAAACUUCCUAUGUCCUCAACUGCCACUGUUUUCAUAAAUGGUGUCAGUCACAUUAACAAUUCACCAACCAUUGAUGUCAAGUUUGUCUUAAAGUCAACUGGAAACACAGCUAUCAUCUCAGAAGCAACUCAGAUUCACAGCUUCGUUGCUUAUGUCAAAGUUACUGACAAUGACAGUGGAGUAAAUGGACAAGUGAAGUUAGAGAAACAGUUUUCUAUGCUGGUUACUGACAUAAAUGAUGUACAACCUCAGUUUAGUCAGGACACAUUUAAGUUUCUCACCUAUGAAAAUGAACACAAAGACUUCCCUGUUGGAUAUGUCAAUGCUACAGACCCAGAUAUUGGCGAUGGAGGACAAUUAACCUAUUCUUUGUUAUUUAAUGGAAAAGAUAUUCUACCAUUUCAGAUAUCUGAUGUGGGAUUUAUUUCCACAACUGAGUCACUAGACAGGGAAGAAAAGAACAUGUAUGAGUUUAAGGUUUUAGUAAAAGAUAAAGGAACACCAUCACUGGAGAACACAGCAAAUGUUGUUGUUGAGGUUAUGGAUUUAAAUGAUAAUGCUCCCUAUUUCAGUUUCCCUAAUGUUAACCCUUUCAGUCUUAAUGUCCACUACCAUCCCCACUCUGACCAUGAUAUUACGAUGUUUGUUCCAAGAGAAGAAAGUAUGUCUCCAGGUUUCAGAGAACUAAAUAGUGCUGACCAAUUCACUGAGAUGUCAACAUUGUCAUCUCUCACUGAUAGUGGUCAUGGCUGGAGUAUCGGCAGUGCUGGGCACUAUGAGGAACUGCCAGAUUUGUGUCGUUAUCAAAGUGAUCACACAUGGAAUAGAAGAAAUCAACUUCCAUACACAAUCAACAGAUCAAGGGGAAAUAACAAUAAUGGACAUCCUUAUCCAAACGUUGACAAUAAUACUUUUUGCAAUCAUGACCAAACACCCUUGACUGUAACUGGUAACACAUCUGACAUAACUGGACAAUCAUUUUCAGAACCAAUGACAAGUGCCUUUAUUUCAUACUCUAAGCCACCUCUAACAGCCGUACCAAAAGUAGCAACACUACCAAAGGUACCUUCAUUAGCUCAGAAAAUGUUUCCAUUGAAAUUGUUGGUUUUGCUGUUGAUGGCUGAAAGCUGCUGGUGUGUGGAUCAUAUCUACCGUGUGAAAGAGAACAAUAAUAUACACAGCUAUAUUGGAGAUAUUGUCACUGAUACACACUUACUGAGUAAUAUGCAGUCACAGGACAAACUGACAUUUAAAAUACUCCAGGGUAGUAUUGAUCAAGGAAUUCAUUUAUUUAAUGUUACACCUGGAGGACAAAUAUAUACAGCUGCCAUACUGGAUGCAGAAGCCCUGUGUCUAUAUAAUGUGGAAUGCUUCAGGAUAUUAGAAAUAGCAGUUCAAUAUGAUCAUUCUUUUAUCAAAGUAUUGGAAAUCAAAGUUAUGUUAGACGAUAUGAAUGAUAAUUAUCCCAUUUUCCCUAACAAGAAAUUUUAUAUAGAGUUUGAUGAAAGUAAUUCAAUAGGUUCAAAAGAUAUUAUUCCAAAUGCCAUUGAUAAAGAUGUCAGUAUUGAGAAUUCAAAGAUUUCUUAUCAUCUCAAAGAAGAAGUAGAUAUACCCUUUGAGCUGCUUGUAUCUAAGAAAUCAGAUGGAACUCGUUUAUUACAACUUGUUUUGAAGGGUAACUUGGAUCGUGAAACAAAAGACGUUUACAAUAUUCAGUUAAUUGCCAAAGAUGGUGGAAUUCCUCGAAAAGAAGGUGUAAUAGAUAUAAAAAUAUUGGUUAAAGAUAAAAAUGAUAACAUUCCUGUAUUUUCUCAGAAGAUUUAUAAUAUCACCAUAAAUGAUACACACAAGAUAAAUAAACCUGUUGUAAGACUGUAUGCCACAGACUUAGAUGAAGGAGAAAAUGGAAGAAUUUCUUAUGCUUUUAACAAUGCAAAGACAUCAAAUACUGUAAAAGAUUGCUUUAAAUUAAAUGAAGCAACAGGAGAGUUAUUUCUGAAGCAAAAUUUUCAGUUAGGAAGAAUUUAUAAUCUGUUUGUUGAAGCCAGAGAUAAUGGUAUUCCUUCAAUGUCUUCGACAGUUCUCAUUCUAAUAAAUGGAAUCAGCUAUCUUAACAAUCCACCAAGCAUUGACUUCAAGUUUGUCUUAGAGUCCAAUGGUACCUCAGCAGUCAUCUCAGAAGCAACUCAAAUUCACAGUUUUGUUGCUUAUGUCAAAGUUACUGACAAUGACAAUGGAGUAAAUGGACAAGUGAAGUGUCACUUACAAAAUAGAUACCUGCAGCUCAUCUCUAUAUCUGAAAAGAAAUACAAAGUUGUUGUCAAGAGUGAAAUGGAUAGAGAGAGUGAGAAGAGAUUUAGUUUCACUAUUAAAUGUCAAGAUAAUGGUUUACCUCCAUUGAAAGUAGAGAAAGAAUUUUCAAUGCUGGUCACUGACAUAAAUGAUGUACAACCUCAAUUUAGUCAGGACGUAUUUAAGUUCCUCACCUAUGAAAAUGAACACAAAGACUUCCCUGUUGGAUAUGUCAAUGCUACAGAUCCAGAUAUUGGAGAUGGAGGACAAUUAAUCUAUUCUCUAUUAUCUAAUGGAAAAGAUAUUCUACCAUUUCAGAUAUCUGAUGUGGGAUUUAUUUCCACAACUAAGUCACUAGACAGAGAAGAAAAGAACAUGUAUGAGUUUAAGGUUUUAGUAAAAGAUAAAGGAACACCAUCACUGGAGAACACAGUAAAUGUUGUUGUUGAGGUUAUGGAUUUAAAUGAUAAUGCUCCCUAUUUCAGUUUCCCUAAUGUUAACCCUUUCAGUCUUAAUGUCCACUACCAUCCCCGCUCUGACCAUGAUAUCACAGUUAUGUUUGUUCCAAGAGAAGAAAGUAUGUCUCCAGGUUACAGAGAACUAAAUAGUGCUGACCAAUUCUCUGAGAUGUCAACAUUGUCAUCUCUCACUGAUAGUGGUCAUGGCUGGAGUGUUGGCAGUGCUGGACACUAUGAGGAACUGCCAGAUUUGUGUCGUUAUCAAAGUGAUCACACAUGGAAUAGAAGAAAUCAACUUCCAUACACAAUCAACAGAUCAAGGGGAAAUAACAAUAAUGGACAUCCUUAUCCAAACGUUGACAAUAAUACUUUUUGCAAUCAUGACCAAACACCCUUGACUGUAACUGGUAACACAUCUGACAUAACUGGACAAUCUUUUUCAGAACCAAUGACAAGUGCCUUUAUUUCAUACUCUAAGCCACCUCUAACAACCGUACCAAUAGUAGCAACACUACCAAAGGUACCUUCAUUAGCUCAGCUUGAACGUUUGGAUCAUAGAUUGAAAAUGUUUCCAGUGAUAUUGGUUUUGUUGUUGAUGGCUGAUCGUUGCUGGUGUGUGGAUCAUAUCUACCAUGUAAAAGAGAACAAUGAUAUACACAGCUAUAUUGGUGAUAUUGCUACUGAUACACACUUAUUGGAUAAUGUACCAUUUUCGGAUGAUGGCAACAGACUGACAUUUAAUGUACUCCAGGGUAGCACUGAUGGAACUGUUCAGUUAUUUAAUGUUACGUCAGGAGGACAACUGUAUACAGCUGCCAUAUUGGAUGCAGAAACUAUGUGUCAAUAUAAUGUGGAAUGCUUCAGGAUAUUGGAAAUAGCAGUUCAAAAUAGCCAUUCUUUUAUUAAGAUAUUAGAAAUCAAAGUUAUGAUAGAAGAUAUCAAUGAUAAUUAUCCUAUAUUUCCAAACAAGGAAUUUCAUAUACAGUUUGAUGAAAGUGUGACAAAAGGAAUCAAAGAAAUAAUUCCAAAUGCUAUUGAUAGUGAUAUUAGCAAUCAGAAUUCUAAACUCAUUUAUCAACUCAAAUAUGAUGAAGAUAUUCCAUUCCAGUUAUUUGUAUCUAAGAAAUUGGAUGGAAGUGAUUUGUUACAACUUACUUUAGAAGGUAACUUGGACCGUGAAGUAAAAGAUAUUUAUAAAUUUCAGUUAAUUGCCUUGGAUGGGGGAACUCCACCAAAACAAGGUAUACUGGACAUAAAGAUAUUGGUGGGAGAUAAAAAUGAUAAUUCCCCUGUGUUCUCCCAGAAUAUCUAUAAUGUCACUUUGAAUGAUACAUACCAGGUGAACAAACCUGUUUUAAAAUUGUCUGCUACAGAUUUAGAUACAGGGGAAAAUGGGAGAAUCUCUUUCGCCUUUAAUUCCAAAACACCAUCUAGGGUAAAAAAAUGUUUUCAAUUAGAUGAAACAACAGGAGAGUUAUUUUUGAAGAAAGAAUUUAGUUUUGGUAAAAUGUAUGAACUAUUUAUUGAAGCCAGUGAUAAUGGUAAACCACCAAUGACCUCUGUUGUCACUGUUCUAAUAAGUGGGAUCAGUCAUCUUAAUAAUCCACCAAAAUUUCAUGUUAGAUUUGUUUUAAAGUCAACUGGAAACACUGCCAUCAUCUCAGAAGCAACUCAAAUUCACAACUUUGUUGCUUAUGUCAAAGUUAUUGACAAUGACAAUGGAGUAAAUGGACAAGUGAAGUGUCAUUUACAAGAUAGAUAUCUUCAACUAAUCUCAAUGUCUGAAAAGAAAUACAAAGUUGUUGUAAAAAGUGAAAUAGAUAGAGAAAGUGAGAAGAGAUUUAAAUUCACCAUUAAAUGUCAAGAUAAUGGUUUACCUCCAUUGAAAGUAGAGAAACAGUUUUCUAUGCUGGUCACUGAUAUAAAUGACGUACAACCUCAAUUUACUCAGGACAUAUUUAAGUUUCUCACCUAUGAAAAUGAACACAAAGACUUCCCUGUUGGAUAUGUCAAUGCUACAGACCCAGAUAUUGGAGAUGGAGGACAAUUAACCUAUUCUUUGUUAUCUAAUGGAAAAGAUAUUCUACCAUUUCAGAUAUCUGAUGUGGGAUUUAUUUCCACAACUGAGGCACUAGACAGAGAAGAAAAGAACAUGUAUGAGUUUAAGGUUUUAGUAAAAGAUAAAGGAACACCAUCACUGGAGAACACAGCAAAUAUUCUUGUUGAGGUUAUGGAUUUAAAUGAUAAUGCUCCCUAUUUCAGUUUCCCUAAUGUUAACCCUUUCAAAUCAAGUAAUGGUCUCCAAUUGAAUGUGAUGAUUGUUAUUGUUAUAGCAGCUGUGAUAGUAUCAGUUGUUAUAGUGAUCUCUAUAUCAAUCUGUAUAGUUCAUAGACUGAAGCAGACAGAUAGCAACUAUGAUAGUAGUGUUGAUAUGUACCACAAGGUUACACCUACAUUAAAUAUACAAUCAAAAUAUACAUUUGACCCUACCUGUGUUCCUCCUGGGGUUCAGUACACAUUGGAGAGAAAUGUGAAGAAAUCUCAACAACCAGUGGUAAACAGAGAAGAUAUUCACUGCAGAACCAUGCCAGGUGUUAGAUGGAAUGAGCUGACUUUGAGAGGACAUCAAGAGAUGUUUGUUCCAAGAGAGGAAAGCAUGUCUCCAGGUUACAGAGAACUAAACAAUACUGACCAAUUCAGUGAGAUGUCAACGUUGUCAUCUCGCACAGAUAGAGGUCAUGGAUGGAUUGUCGGCAGUGCUGGACACUAUGAGGAACUGCCAGAUCUGUGUCGUUACCAAAGUGAUCAGACAUGGAAUAGGAGAAAUCAACUUUCACAUACACUCAACAGAUCAAGGGGAGAUAACAAAUAUGGAUAUCACUAUCAACCUAAUGUCGAUAAUAACACUUCCUGUUAUCCUGACCAAAUACCUUUGACUAUAACUAGGACCACAUCUAACAUAACCGAACAACCAUCUUUAGUACCAAUGACAAGUGAAUUUACUUCAAAUUGUAAACCACCUCUACCAGCUGUACCUAAAGUUACAACACUACCAAUGGAAUACACUAUUCCAGCGAACAAAACCUUUUUGAUUCAUGUCCAGGUCCCAACUACGGUACUAUUCAAAAUGUUUCCAGUAUUAAUGCUUAUGCUGUUGUUGUUGGCUGACUGCUACUUGUGUGUGGAUCAUAUCUACCAUGUGAAAGAGAACAAUGAUUUAAACAGUUAUAUUGGAAAUAUUGUCACUGAUACACUUUUCCAGACGAAGGAUGAGAGCAAUAAACUGACAUUUAAUGUACUCCAGAGCAGUACUGAUGGAACUGUUCAAUUAUUUAAUGUUACACCUGGAGGGCAACUGUACACAGGUGCAAUAUUGGAUGCAGAAUCUCUAUGUCUAUAUAAUGUGAAAUGUUUCAGGAUAUUGGAAAUAGCAGUUCAACAAGGCCAUUCUUUUAUUAAGAUAUUAGAAAUCAAAGUUAUAAUUGAUGAUGUCAAUGAUAAUUAUCCAAUAUUUCCAAAAAAGGAACUUAAAAUACAAUUUGAUGAAAAUGAUUUGAUAGGAACCACAGAAACACUUCCCAAUGCUAUUGACAAAGAUUUCAGUGUUCAGAAUUCUAAACUCUCUUAUCGACUGAAAGCAGAUGAAGAUAUUCCUUUCAAAUUGUUUGUUUCUAAAAAAUCUGAUGGAACUGAUUUAUUACAACUAAUUUUGGAAAGUAACUUGGAUCGUGAGAAAAAAGAUGUAUAUAAUAUACAAUUAAUUGCUAGAGAUGGAGGAUCACCACCAAAGGAAAGUAUAUUUCAUAUACAGAUAUUGGUGGAAGAUAAAAAUGAUAACUCCCCUGUUUUCCCGCAAAAUAUCUACAAUGUCACUGUAAAUGGUAUGCACAAAAUAAACAAACCUAUUCUGAGGCUAUCUGCAACAGAUUUAGAUGAAGGAGAAAAUGGAAAAAUUUCUUAUAUCUUUAAUAAUGCCAAAACACCAAAUAAAAUAAAAGAAUGCUUUAGGUUGGAUGAAGCAACAGGAGAGUUGUUUCUGAAGCAAAAAUUUCAGUUUGGAAGAAUUUAUAAAUUAUUUGUUGAAGCCAGAGAUAAUGGUAUUCCUUCAAUGUCUUCAACAGUCCCUAUUCUAAUAAAUGGAAUCAGUCACAUUAACAAUCCACCAAACUUUGAUGUCAAAUUUGUAAUUAAGUCAACUGGCAACACAGCUGUCAUCUCAGAAGCAACUCAAAUUCACAGCUUCGUUGCUUAUGUCAAAGUUAUUGACAAUGACAAUGGAGUAAAUGGACAAGUGAAGUGUCAUUUACAAAAUAAGUACCUGCAGCUAAUCUCAAUUUCUCAAAAGAAAUACAAAGUUGUUGUCAAGGGUGAAAUAGAUAGAGAGAGUGAGAAGAGCUUUAAUUUCACCCUUAAAUGUCAAGAUAAUGGUUUACCUCCAUUAAAAGUAGAGAGACAGUUUUCUUUGAUGGUUACUGAUAUAAAUGACGUACAACCUCAGUUUACUCAGGACGUAUUUAAGUUUCUCACCUAUGAAAAUGAACACAAAGACUUCCCUGUUGGAUAUGUCAAUGCUACAGACCCAGAUAUUGGAGAUGGAGGACAAUUAACCUUUUCUUUGUUAUCUAAUGGAAAAGAUAUUCUUCCAUUUCAGAUAUCUGAUGUGGGAUUUAUUUCCACAACUGAGUCACUAGACAGAGAAGAAAAGAACAUGUAUGAGUUUAAGGUUUUAGUAAAAGAUAAAGGAACACCAUCACUGGAGAACACAACCCCUUCAAAGACAACAACAGAAUCAAGUAAUGGCCUCCAAUUGAAUGUGAUGAUUGUUAUUGUUAUAGCAGCUGUGAUAGUAUCAGUUGUUAUAGUGAUCUCUAUAUCAAUCUGUAUAGUUCAUAGACUGAAGCAGACAGAUAGCAACUAUAACAACAGUGUUGAUAUGUACCACAAGGUUACACCUGCAUUAAACACACAUUCAAAAUAUAUGUUUGACCCUAUUUGUGUUCCUCCUGGAGUUCAGUACACAUUGGAGAGAAAUGGGGAAAAAUCUCAGCAACUAAUAGUAGACAGUGAUAGAUGGAAUGAUCUGACUUUGAGAGGACAUCCACAGAUGUUUCUUCCAAGAGAAGAAAGCAUGUCCCCAGGCUACAGAGAACUAAACAAUACUGACCAUUUCAGUGAAAUGUCAGUGUUAUCAUCUCACACAGACUGUGGUCAUGGCUGGAAUGUCAGUAGUGCUGGACACUAUGAGGAACUUCCAGAUCUGUGUCGUUACCAAAGUGAUCAGACAUGGAAUAGAAGAAAUCAACUUUCACAUACACUCAACAGAUCAAGGGGAGAUAACAACAAUGGGUAUCGCUAUCAACCUAAUGUCGAUAAUAACACUCCCUGUUAUCCUGACCAAAUACCUUUGACUAUAACUGGGACCACAUCUAACAUAACCGAACAACCAUCUUUAGUACCAAUGACAAGUGAAUUUACUUCAAAUUGUAAACCACCUCUACCAGCUGUACCUAAAGUUACAACACUACCAAUGUCAGUAAUCAAUGAUGUCAUAUUAAAUAGACAGAAAAUGUUCCCAGCGUUAUUGUUGAUGUUGUUUCUGCCUGGUAGCUGUUGGUGUGUAGAUCAUACAUACUAUGUGAAAGAGAAUAAUGAUACAAACAGUUAUAUUGGAGAUAUCGCCACUGAUACACACUUAUUGGAUAAUAUACAGUCUAAGGAUGAUAGCAACAAAUUGACAUUUAAUGUACUCCAGGGUAGUACUGAGGGAACUGUUCAGUUAUUCAAUGUUACACCUGGAGGACAACUGUACACAGCUGCCAUAUUGGAUGCAGAAACCCUGUGUCUAUAUAAUGUGGAAUGUUACAAGAUAUUGGAAAUAGCCAUUCAACAUGGCUAUUCUGUUAUUAGGAUAUUAGAAAUCAAAGUUAUAAUAGAAGAUGUCAAUGAUAAUUAUCCUAUUUUUCCCAACACAGAAUUUCAUUUAACAUUUGAUGAAAGUGAUUCAAAAGACUCAAAAGGAAGAAUUCUAAAUGCCUUUGAUAAAGAUGUCAGUAUUGAGAAUUCAAAGAUUUCUUAUAAAUUAAAAAAUAAUGUGGAUAUUCCAUUUCAACUUCUAGUAACUAAAAAAUCAGAUGGAAGUGAUGUACUACAAUUAAUUCUGGAAGGAAACUUAGAUCGUGAAACACAAGAUCUUUAUGAUAUUCAAUUAAUUGCCAAAGAUGGAGGAUCUCCACCAAAAGAAGGCAUACUGAAUAUAGAAAUAUCAGUGCAAGAUGAAAAUGAUAAUUCUCCUAUAUUCUCUCAGAAUAUCUAUAAUGUAACUAUAAAUGAUACACACCAGAUAAACAAACCUAUUCUGAGGCUGUCUGCUACAGAUUUAGAUGAAGGAGAAAAUGGAAGAAUUUCUUAUGUCUUUAAUAAUGCCAAGACACUGGGUACUGUAAAACGUUGGUUUAAGUUGGAUGAAGCAACAGGAGAAUUGUUUCUAAAGCAAAAUUUUCAGUUUGGAAGAAUUUAUAAAUUAUUUGUUGAUGCUAGAGAUAAUGGUAUUCCUUCAAUGUCUUCAACAGUCCUUAUUCUAAUAAAUGGAAUCAGUCACAUUAACAAUCGACCUGACAUUGAUGUCAAAUUUGUAAUUAAGUCAACUGGAAACACAGCUGUCAUCUCAGAAGCAACUCAAAUUCACAGCUUUGUUGCUUAUGUCAAAGUUACUGACAAUGACAGUGGAGUAAAUGGACAAGUGAAGUGUCAUUUACAAAAUAGAUACCUGCAGAUAAUCUCAAUGUCUGAAAAGAAAUACAAAGUUGUUGUCAAGAGUGAAAUAGAUAGAGAGAGUGAGAAGAGAUUUAAUUUCACCAUUAAAUGUCAAGAUAAUGGUUUACCUCCAUUGACAGUGGAGAAAGAAUUUUCUAUGCUGGUCACUGAUAUAAAUGACGUACAACCUCAGUUUAGUCAGGACAUAUUUAAGUUUCUCACAUAUGAAAAUGAACACAAAGACUUCCCUGUUGGAUAUGUCAAUGCUACAGACCCAGAUAUUGGAGAUGGAGGACAAUUAACCUAUUCUCUAUUGACAAAUAGAAAAGAUAUUCUACCAUUUCAGAUAUCUGAUGUGGGAUUUAUUUCCACAACUGAAUCACUAGACAGAGAAGAAAAGAACAUGUGUGUGAAAGACAGUGGCAGUCCAGUUCUGUCAUCAACAACAACUUUGUCUUUGACUCUAACAGUUAGUAACAACACAUCAAAGAUAUUUAAGACCCCUUCAAAGACAACAACAGAAUCAAGUAAUGGUCUCCAAUUGAAUGUGAUGAUUGUUAUUGUUGUUGCAGCUGUGAUCAUAUCAAUUGUUAUAGUGAUCUCUAUAUCAAUCUGUAUAGUUCAUAGACUGAAGCAGACAGAUAGCAACUAUAAUAGUAGUGUUGAUAUGUACCACAAGGUUACACCUACAUUAAACAUCCAACCAAAGUAUACAUUUGUUCCUCCUGGUAUUCAGUACACAUUGGAGAGAAACAUGAACAAAUCUCAACAACCAAUGAUGGAUAUAGAAGGUGUUCACUGCAGUGAUAGAUGGGGUAAACCAGCUUUCAUUGAAACACAUCCAGAGGUAUUUGUUCCAAGAGAAGAAAGCAUGUCUCCAGGUUACAGAGAACUAAACAAUCCUGACCAAUUCAGUGAGAUGUCAACAUUGUCAUCUCAUACUGAUAGUGGCCAUGGCUGGAGUGUUGGUAGUGCUGGUCACUAUGAAGAACUACCAGAUCUGUGCCGUUACCAAAGUGACCUUACAUGGAUUAGGAGAAAUCGGCUUCCAUACACACUGAACAGAUUAAAGGGAGAUAACAAUGGCUAUCCCUUUCAACCAGACGUUGACAGUGACAUUUCCUAUCAUCAUGGUCAAAUACCCUUGACAAUAAUUGGGACCACAUCGAACAUAACUAAACAUCCAUCUACAGUAGCAAUGACAAACGACUUUACUUCAAGUAGUAAAGUACCUCUACCAGCUGUACCAAAAGUAAAAACACUGCCAAAGACAUUCAAGUAUUUCAUAAUAACAUUUUUCAGCAUUUAUUUAGUGUUUGACCACAAUGUUCUGCACACUAACGUUUUCAUAAAUCAUACUCAUAAAUUAUAUACUCCAUAUGUUCACACAAACACACUUAUGUAUGUGUGGGGUGGAAGUAAACUUGUCUGUGAGUCAGCCCAUCAUUUACUUCAAGAGCUGGAGGCUGUACUUCCGUUUCCUUGCAUUGGAAUAAAAGACAGCUUGUCAUUGGCCACAACACACAUUACAUUCUACACAAGCAACUUCAUAGAACUAUAUAACAGUGUCACAUACCAAGCUCCUGUUAUUAUUACAACUUUGUUACCAGAACACUGGAACAGUACAGUAGCAACUGUAGAAACGACUGGCAGCAUUAAUAAACAACUUGACCAGUGGAAUAUAUUGAAGAAAAUUGAAGAUAUGUUUACCUUAAUAUUGUUGAUGUUGUUAAUGGAAGAAAGUUGCUGGUGUGUGGAUCAUAUCUACCAUGUGAAAGAGAACAAUGACACACACAGCUAUAUUGGAGAUAUUGUCACUGAUACACACUUACUGGAUAAUAUACAGUCUCAAGACAACAGCAACAAACUGACAUUUAAUAUACUCCAGGGUAGCACUGAUGGAACUAUUCAGUUAUUUAAUGUUACACCUGGAGGACAACUGUACACAGCUGCCAUAUUGGAUGCAGAAAUUCUUUGUCAAUAUAAUGUGGAUUGUUUCAGGAUAUUGGAAAUAGCAGUUCACCAUGGUCAUUCUUUUACCAAAAUAUUAGAAAUCAAAGUUAUGAUAGAAGAUGUCAAUGACAAUUAUCCCAUAUUUCCAGAGAAAGAAUUUCACCUGCAAUAUGAUGAAAACGUAUUGAUUGGAACAAAAGAAAUAGUUUUAAAUGCCAUUGACAAAGAUGUCAGUAUUCAGAACUCAAAGCUUUCUUAUGAACUGAGGAAUAAUAAUAAUAAUACUUUCCAGUUAAUGGUAAUAGAAGUUUCUGACCGGAAAAGUAAGAUCGAAUUAAUUCUGAAUGGAAAACUAGACAGAGAAAUGAAGAAAAAUUAUUAUCUUCAUCUAAUGGCUACAGAUGGAGGAUCCCCUCCAAAACAAGCAGGUAUGGAGAUACAUAUUUUAGUAAGAGAUAAAAAUGACAAUGCACCUGUGUUCUCCCAAAGUAUUUAUAAUGUCACAGUAAAAGAUACACAGGAUUUGUACAAACCUAUUUUAAAUUUAACUGCCACAGAUGUAGACCAGGGUACUAAUGGACAAAUUCUAUAUACAUUCAGUCCUGAUACCUUAGAUAAAGAUAAGAAAUUCUUUAUUUUAAAUCAAACAUCUGGAGAAUUAUUUGUAAAGAAAGAAUUUGAAUUUGGAAAAAUCUAUAAAUUGUCUGUUGAAGCCACGGAUAAUGGAAAAAUACCUAUGUCUUCAACAGCCACCAUCCUUAUUAAUGGGGUCAGUUACCUUAAUAGUCCACCAAAAAUUCAUGUAAAAUUUGUUUUAAAGUCAGCAGGAAACAAAACGGCCAUCUCAGAAGCAAUUCAAAUUCACAGCUUUGUUGCUUAUGUCAAAGUUAUUGACAAUGACAAUGGCGUAAAUGGACAAGUGAAGUGUCAUUUACAAAAUAAAUACCUGCAGCUAAUCUCAAUGUCUGAAAAGAAAUACAAAGUUGUUGUCAAGAGUGAAAUAGAUAGAGAGAGUGAAAAGAGCUUUAGUUUCACCAUUAAAUGUCAAGAUAAUGGUUUACCUCCAUUGACAAUAGAGAAAGAAUUUUCAAUGCUGGUCACUGACACGAAUGAUGUCCAACCUCAAUUUAGUCAGGACAUAUUUAAGUUUCUCACCUAUGAAAAUGAACACAAAGACUUCCCUGUGGGAUAUGUUGAUGCUACAGAUCCAGAUAUUGGAGAUGGAGGACAAUUAACCUAUUCUUUAUUGACGAAUGGUAAAGAUAUUCUACCAUUUCAGAUAUCUGAUGUGGGAUUUAUUUCUACAAUUGAGUCGCUAGACAGAGAAGAAAGGAACAUGUAUGAGUUUAAGGUUUUAGUAAAAGAUAAAGGAACACCAUCACUGGAGAACACAGCAAAUGUUGUUGUUGAGACAACACUGGAAUCAAGUAAUGGCCUCCAAUUUAAUGUGAUGAUUGUUAUUGUUAUAGCAGCUGUGAUAGUAUCAAUUGUUAUAGUGAUCUCUAUAUCAAUCUGUAUAGUUCAUAGACUGAAGCAGACACAUAGCAACUAUAACAACAGUGUUGAUAUGUAUCACAAAGUUACACCUACAUUAAACAUCCAAUCAAAUUAUACAUUUGACCCUACCUGUGUUCCUCCUGGAGUUCAGUACACAGUGGAGAGAAAUGUGAAGAAAUCUCAACAACCAAUAGUAGACAGAGACAAUAUUCACUGCAGAACUAUGUCUUAUAGAUGGGAUGAUCAGGCUUCAAGAGAAAACAAUCAGAUGUUUGUUCCAAGGGAAGAAAGCAUGUCUCCAGGUUACAGAGAACUAAACAGUAUUGACCAAUUCAGUGAGAUGUCAACAUUGUCAUCUCACACUGAUAGUGGUCGUGACUGGAGUGUCUGUAAUGCUGGACACUAUGAGGAAUUGCCAGACCUGUGCCGUUACCAAAGUGAACUUACAUGGAACAGGAGAAAUGAACUCCCACCUACACUGAACAGAUCAAAGGGAGAUAACAAUAACAGAUAUUAUCCCCAUAACGUUGAUAUAAACACGUCCUAUUAUCCUGACCAAAUGCCUUUGACUACAGCUAAUACUACAUUGAAUUUAACUGAACAACCAGUUUCAGUACCAAUGACAAGUCAGUUUACUUCACACAGUAAACCACCUUCACCAGAUGUACCUAAAGUAACAACACUACCAAACAGUACCUUCAAUACCUUAGGUAUCACCAAUUUAUAG